AUGGACGUCCACACCGUCCGCGCAGAAAUCAAGGGCUGGGAGCGCGACUUCCGCCAGAAACACGGCCGCGAUCCCUCUGUCGACGAGAUCAAGGCUCAGCCAGCAAUAGCCGCAAAGUACAAGCUCUACAAGUCGCUUUCCAAGGCCGCGUCCUCCUCCCUGCCACCCAAGAAGGCCCCAGUCAAGGUCGAUGCCCCGCUCCUCACCACCAACCCCUUCUCUCCCUCCAAGAAACGCCCCGCCCCGCCGCUCGUCCUCGCGCGUCCCAACCCGUUCAAGACCCCCACAAAGCCCAAGGCAAGGCACACCCGACGCGACGUCUCUCCCGAUCCCUUCCUCGCACACACCUCCCAGCCAAGGGAGCUCUCCCCCGACCCCUUCCCGCUCAUCCAGCCCCUCACCAAGCAGCCCGACCCACCCGCCGUGAGCUCCGCCGUCUCCCGCGCCCGCAAACGCCUCCGCGGCGAGCCCGUCUCGCCCUCCCCGGUAAAGGAGAAGCGCGCCCGCGUCCUCCACCCCGUCCCCAGCCACAGCGGCCUCUCGCCAGAUCGCGAUCCGGACCCCAACCACUCCUUCCUCGACAACACCCCCGUCAAGCCCCCACCCGGCCGCAAGUCCUUCAAGCUCCUCUUCGACGAGCUCCCACCGGCUGAGCAGUCCCGCCCGCGUGCGCCGCCCACGAGGACCCAGUCGCGCGCAGGCAAUUCCGCGCACCCCGACUUCUUCGCGACGCACUCGCAGUCGCGAGCUAAGCUGCGCACAGUCUCUCCCACCUCAGACGAACCAAAACCUGUCGCCUCGUCCAGCGCCCAGAAACGCCCCGCCGUGCCUCGCGCACCCGUACCGCGGAAGAACGACCUCCACUCCGAGAUCGCCCCCUCCAAAGGCUAUCCGACGCGUCCCGCCCUCCCCAACUCAGCCAAGCGGCCCCGCCCGCCCGCAGACGACUCCGGGGAGCACGCCCGCCAGAGCCCGUCCCCCUCCACCCCGCGCAACACCUUCCUCAACCUCCCGCUCCUCCCCCCGUCUCCGCCCCCGGCAGACACGUCGAAAGACCGGUACGACCCCAAGGGCAAGGGCAAGGCCAAGGCCAAAGCGACCUUCAGCCGGAAGAAAGCCCGCGUGCUCCAAGAGGCGACGGGCGCGGACGAGGACGACGAGGACGAGGACACGGAAGACGAGCCCCGCGUCAAGGUCGUCGAGCACGCCUGGCAUCGCCGCCCCUCACCCGACGCGGACGCGGACUCGGACGAGUGGCGCCCCCGCCCCGACGCGCAGCCCGAGGCCGUCCCCGCCGCGUCGCUCGAGACCCUCUCGAUCGACCUCCCGGACGAGCUGCGCCGCGUGCUCGCGCUCGACCCCGACGCCGUGCGGGCCGACGCGCAGAAGGAGGCGCGCGUCGUGCGCGGGCUGCUCUAUGGGCGCCGCGGCCAUUACGAUGCGCAGCGCGGCGGGGAGGUGUGGGGCGUCGGCGAGGUCGGCGAAGAGGCGUUGGGCGACGGAGAGGACCGGGGCGGGGCUGGGGAGGAGGAGGACGAGUGGGAGGGCGAGGGCGUGCCCUGGGAGGUUGGCGAGCUGUAG